AAUACAUCAGAUAGAUUACCUGCCUCCAAGAUGGAUGGUCAGCUCAACCCUCCUGUGUUAAAUCUUGUGAUAUGCCAGCAUUUGAGAAUGCUAAAACCAAAAGUAAYGCCACCUGGUUUAAACUCAAUGACAAGUUGGACUAUGAAUGUAAUGUUGGGUUUGAAAACAGAUUCAGGCGUGCCAAAGGAUCCAUAGUAUGUCAGGACGAUGGAUGGUCACAUAAACCCACAUGUUAUGAAAGGGAAUGCAGGAUUCCCAAAAUGGGAAAAUUCUUAAUGGCUGAUCCCAAGAAAGAUAAAUAUAAAGUUGGAGAUUUGUUGAAAUUUUCCUGCCGAUCAGGACUUACAAGAGUUGGACCAGAUUCAGUACAAUGCUACCAUUUUGGAUGGUCCCCRGAUAUCCCAAUAUGUAAAGAUCAAGUACAGUCAUGUGGUCCACCUCCUCCACUAUUCAAUGGGGAAGUUAAAGAAACAAAGAAAGAAGAAUAUGGACACAAUGUAGUAGUAGAAUAUAAUUGCAAUCCUAGAUUUUUGAUGAAGGGACCUAAUAAAAUUCAAUGUGUUGAUGGAACAUGGACAUCCUUGCCAAAAUGUAUUGAGGAGGAGAGAACAUGUGGAGCUAUACCUGAACUUGACCAUGGCUUUGCCCAGCCUUCUGAUCCUCCUUAUCACCAUGGGGAUUCAGUGGAGUUCCAUUGUACAGAAACCUUUACAAUGAUUGGAGACAGAUCAAUUACAUGUAUUAGUGGAAUGUGGACCCAACUUCCUCUGUGUGUUGCGACAGAUCAACUUAAGAAGUGUCAAGCACCAAGACUAACUGCAAAUGAAGCAAAUCAAUCAGAUAAAAAUGAAUAUAAUCAUAAUUUUAACUUCAGUUACCCAUGUAGGGGAAAGUUGGAGCAGAAACAUUCAAUCUGUGUCAAUGGACGAUGGGACCCUGAACCAACCUGCACAAAAGUGGAGAUAAACUUCUGCCCACCUCCACCUCAGAUUCCCAAUGCUGAAGAUAUGAAAACCACAGUGAAAUAUCAGGAUGGACAAAAAGUAUCUGUUCUUUGCAAAGAAAAUUAUCUGAUUAAGGAAGCAGAAGAAAUUGUGUGCAGAAAUGGAAGAUGGCAGUCAAUACCACACUGUAUUGAAAAACUUUCAUGUUCUCAACCACCUGACAUAGACCAUGGAAGAAUUAGUCCAUCUAGAUCUUCAGAAGAAAGGAAAGAAGCAAUUGAAUYCAGACAGUAUGCACAUGGCACUAAAYUGAAUUAUAUUUGUGAAGAUGGUUUCACAGCCUCUGAGGAAGAUGAGAUAACAUGCUACAUGGGCAAAUGGAGUCCUCCACCUCRGUGUGUAGGACUUCCUUGUGAAGGAAUUUUCUAUUUUUUGAAUUUUCUAUGUUUUGAAAAGUAUUGCAUUCCUAAUGGUGUCCUGUCUCAUGAGUUAGACAGUUACCCAUAA